AUGAGCUUCACAUUCAACUUCAGCAAGGACAACCUGCCUAAGCAGCUCUUUAUCAACAACGAAUAUGUCGACUCCAAAGGCUCCGUAAAACUCGAAGUCUACAACCCCAAAGACGAUUCCCUAGUCGCCAACGAUGUCCCUGUCGCGGGCGCCGAGGACGUUGACGCCGCAAUCGCUGCAGCAGAGGCCGCAUUCCCGGAAUGGAAGAAAGUCUCCGCCGCAGAACGCCACGCCAUCCUCACCAAAUUUGGCGAUUUGAUUAACGAGCAUGGCCCAGUGCUUGCAGAGCUCACUCGCAUCACCCUCGGCGCUCCAUUCAGCUCCUUCGGAAAGUUCGAGACCGCCCUGGCGGCACAGACGUGGAAAUACAACGCCGGCUGGAUCGAUAAGUUCGCCGGUGAGUCCUACCCACAAGAAGAUGGCUUCAUGAAGAUCGUACGCAACGAGCCUCUGGGAGUCACAGCCGGUAUCGUCCCAUGGAACGGCCCAAUGGGCACUGCGGCCUUGAAGGCAGCCCCAGCACUUGCGACCGGAAAUUGCUUCAUUCUUAAGCCAUCAGAGAAGACGCCGUUUGCAGCCCUCGCUCUUGGUCCUCUCAUCAAAGAGGCCGGAUUCCCACCAGGAGUAUUUCAAGUCCUCUCUGGUGACGGAUCGACUGGUGCUAUUCUUGCCAGCCACAUGAAGAUCAGAAAGGUUUCCUUCACUGGCUCCAUCGCAACCGGAAAGAAGAUCCAAGAAGCUGCUGCGAAGAGCAACUUGAAGCGCGUUACGCUUGAGCUUGGCGGCAAGAGCCCAGCUGUCGUGUUCGACGAUUGCGACUUGGAGAAUGCAAUUACCUGGUGCAGCAACGCGAUUACUGCCAACACUGGACAGGUGUGCUUCGCCGCCAGCAGAGUCUAUGUACAGGAAGGAAUUGCGCCCAAGUUCAUCGAGGGAUACAAGAAGGCCGUGGCUGCAAAGGCAAACACUGCCGGUGACCCAGAUGAUGAGAGCACGCUACUCGGUCCUUUGGUCGACAGGGGUCAGUUCGAGCGUGUUACCGGAUUCAUCGAGCGCGGACAGAAGGGGCCCGGAGAACUGCUGACCGGAGGUGCGCGAAUUGGCGAGAAGGGUUUUUACAUCCAGCCAACCGUCUUCACUAACGUCGGCGAGACCUCGGAGAUAAUCACCGAAGAGAUCUUCGGUCCUGUUGCAGUCGUCAACACCUUCAAGGACGAGGCUGAGAUUGUCGCUCGUUCAAACGACACCCAAUUCGGUCUCAUGGCCGGUGUCUUCACCCAAGACAUCAACAAAGCGCUGCGAGUCGCCUCAGAUCUUGACUCCGGUAUGGUUGGUGUGAACUGCGUGAGCUUGAUGUUCCAGAACGCACCGUUUGGUGGCACCAAGCAGAGUGGCGUUGGCAGAGAGGCCGGAAUCUAUGCUCUAAGGGCCUUCACUGAGCCGAAAACUAUUAUGGUUAACUUGACUUACUAG